UGGAGUGCUGGACCCAUAUUUCCAUUUUUCAACUUCAGAGUUUCACCUUCUAAAGCGCAAAGUCGCGAAGCAAGGAGAAUCGAAAACCGUUGCGCAUAAACGAUUCUCUGAAUUUUAGGGAACCACGAACUCAACCAUGGUGGAUUCUUUUGCGUGUAUUAUGUGAUCAUGAUUACCAUGGGAGCGAUUAUGGCUUGAAGAAUUUCAUUUUAAAAGUUCAAUUGCACCAUUUUAAAGGUCUUUGCUUUACAUUUUCAUGAUGGAUUCUCAAAGUUCAGUGGCUGCUGAACUUCCUCAAAUGCUACCUCCACCACUGGGAAGUUUUGCUAAUCGUGAACAACUAAUUGAGCAUGUUGGGGAUUUUGCAAUCUCACAGGGAUACGUAGUUAGCAUUAAGAAAUCUAGAAAAGACAGAGUUGUGGUACUUGGCUGUGAUAGGGGCGGUGUUCAUAGGACUAGGAAUAGAACUUCAGAGACAGAGCCUGCAGAAUGCACGCGAAAGCGAAAAAAUGGUUCCCGGCAUAUUAACUGUCCUUUCGAAGUCAUGGGUAAAUAUGAUAAUGGAGUGUGGUAUUUAAUUGUAAAAGAUGGAACUCAUAAUCAUGAACCAUUAAAGGACAUUUCCGAACACCCGGCUGCUCGUCGAUUCACUGAGGAUGAGGUCAUACGGAUAAAAGAGAUGACAGAAGCUGGUCUUAAGCCACGUCAGAUUUUAAAAAAAUUGAAGCAGAGCAAUCCAGAACUUUUAUCUACUCCAAAGCAUCUUUACAAUGUCAAAACCAAGCUAAAACAAGGGAAUCUUACUGUCAGAAAUUACAAGGCUUUUAGACCUCAGAAAGCGUCAACUGGAAGUUCCCAGGCUCCAGGCAAUCCACCUUCUACUGAGCCAUCUUGGAGGCAUCGUUUCACGAAAAUACCGAAUUUCAUUGGUGGCCAAUUUGUGGAGUCACAAUCAACCGCAACCGUCGAUAUUUUAAAUCCUGCUACUCAGAAAGUUGUAUCUAUACUUUCUUUAACAACCAUCGGAGAACUUAAAGCUGCAGUGUUUGCAGCGAAAUGCGCAUUUCCUUCAUGGAGAAAUACACCAGUCAUCUCACGAAAACGAAUUAUGUUAAAGCUUCUAGAACUUAUUCAGAGGGACAUGGAUAAACUUGCUGGAAUUAUUACAUCUGAAGGGGGAAAAACACUGAAAGAUGCCUAUACUGAUGUGAAUUAUGGCCUUGAGGCUUUGGAUUGUGCUUGUGGAAUAAAAACUCCACAGAUGGGACUGUUUGUUUCAAAUUUAUCCAAUGGACUAGAUAUCUACAGCAUUAGGGAGCCUCUUGGUGUUUGUGCCGGAAUUUGCCUUCCCAACUUCCCUGCCAUAAUUUCUUUAUGGAUGUUUCCUGUGGCAGUUCUGUGUGGUAACACUUUCAUUUUGAAAUCAUCAAUGAAGGAUCCAGGCGUGUCUAUGAUCCUUGCGGAGUUGGCUUUGGAAGCUGGUUUGCCGAAUGGUGUCCUGAACAUAGUCCAUGGCACUGAUGAUAUUGUCAGUGCUAUUUGUGACGAUGAUGAUGUUAGAGCUGUAACAGUUGCUGCUUCUAAAGUGUAUGGCAUGCAUGUACAAUCAAGAGCUUCAGCUAAAGGGAAGCGGGUUCAGUCAUACACAGAAGGGAGAAGUCAUAUGAUUGUCAUGCCUGAUGCAAAUGCAGAUGCUACUCUGAAUGCUAUUGUUCCUGUGGCUUUUAUAUCUGAAGGAGAAAGGUGUUUUGCACUUAGUACAGUGAUAUUUGUUGGAGACUCGAAGCCAUGGGAAUGCGAAUUGGUAGGAAAGGCAGAGGUGCUUAAAGUGAAUGCUGGUACUGAACCAGAUGCAGAUAUUGGUCCAGUGAUGAGUAAACAGGAGAAGGAAAAAAUAUGCAAAUUGAUACAAAGUGCUGUUGAAAGGGGUGCCCGACUCAUUCUUGAUGGCAGAAACAUAACGGUUUCUGGAUAUCAACAGGGUAAUUUUAUUGGCCCAACUAUUGUAUGUGAUGUCACAGUAGACAUGGAAUGCUUCAGGGAGAAGAUCUACGGGCCAGUUCUUCUCUGUAUGCAGGUUGAUAGUUUAGAAGAGGCUAUUAUCAUUAUCAAUGAAUGCAGACAUUGUAAUGGAGCAUCUAUAUUUACGUCAUCUGGGGCAUCUGCUAGAAAGUUUCAGACACUAAUUGAGGCUGCACAGGUUGGCAUCAAUGUCCCCGUUUCAGUUCCUAUGCCCUUCAUUUCAUCUGGUGACCCAGAGGCCCCAUUUGCAGGACAAACUGGAAUUCAAUUUUAUACUAAACUUAAAACAGUUAGGCAACAGUGGGACGAGUUUCUAAAGGAUGAUGAAGUAGGUGUACCAAUGUUUGCUUCUCCAACUCCAGAACCAAUAAUUUCAAGUCAAGAGGGUCCAGAGCCGGAGCUCGGUAUUGAGGGUGUUUGAGUGCAGUCAUUUUUUGUACGUACUGCAAGUUUCACUUUACUCUCUAUUGUAAAUGCUUCAGGCCAAUUGACAAAAUUGGAUGAGCCAUUGGUAGUUUGAUACUGCUGAGCCCUAAGGUCUUCAAAUUUUGUCAUAUCAUUGCUGUUUUUGCUUAUGAAGAAUUCUCAAUGAAAUCAAGUUAUGGCCUUGUUUGGCAAA